UUCUUUUCUCUCCUGCUGCCUUUUUCUUUUCUCGGUGUAAGCGUGUGCGUGUUUCACUGUUUUGGUUUCAUCUCCCGCUCUUUCUUGCCCCUUGCUCCGUCGAAGUGCUGGAACCAAGAAAAGCCCAUGUGGCCGGCCGAGCAGCGGUAGAGCGGGGGAGAUGAGCUGGGCGCCCAGGUGGCUGCGCGGGCUGCUCGGCGGCGGCAAGAAAACCGGCGGCGGCGAGCCGAAGCCGGUGAAGGAAAAGAAGCGCUGGGGGUUCGGGAAGUCCUUCCGGGAGAAGGCGCCGGCGCGGCCUCCCACGCCUCCGGUGCAGCGCGCGAUGACGCCUCGCCGGGGGUACGCGUCGCCGGACCAGGGGGACGACGAGCAGAGCAAGCGGGCCAUUGCGGUGGCCGCGGCGACGGCGGCGGUGGCCGAGGCGGCCGUCGCCGCGGCACAGGCGGCCGCCGCCGUGGUGCGGCUGACGAGCAGCGGAAGGUGCGCCCCGGCCGCCGCGAAGCGGGAGGAGUGGGCGGCGGUUCGGAUCCAGGCUGCUUUCCGUGGCUACCUGGCGAGGCGGGCACUGAAGGCGCUCCGGGGGCUGGUGAAGCUGCAGGCGCUGGUCCGGGGCAACAUCGUACGGCGGCAGGCGGCCGAGACGCUACGGUGCAUGCACGCUCUUGUACGCGUCCAGGCGCGCGCGCGCGCCUGCCGCGCAAUUCGCUCGCAGCAGGUCGCGGCUCACCCGGGGCCGCCAACGCCGGAGAAGUACGAUCAGGCGGUUCUCGACGGUGCGGCCAGGCACGGGCGUUCUGGCUCUCUAAAGGGGGCCUCUUCGAAGACACCGGGCAGCGAGAGGCUAGGCAGGGAGAGGUCAGAAUCUUGCGGGAGGAACUGGCUGGACCGGUGGGUGGAGGAGAGGUACGUGGAUGACGAGAAGAACGCCAAGAUCCUUGAGGUAGACACCGGCAAACCAGGGCGGUAUACUUCCAAGAGGCGCGGCGGCGGCGGCAAGCACCACCAGUCGCCGUCCUCGACGAUGACGUCUGACCAGAACAGCCGGAGCUUUGCGACCAUGCCGGAGUCGCCGUCCAAGGACUCCACAACCGCCCAGCAGUCCGUGCCGAGCCCGUCGUCAGUGGGCCUGGCUGAGGCCCUCAGUCCGUUGCGCAUGCCCGUGGACAUCGCCGACCUGUGCGACAGCCCGCAGUUCUUCUCGGCGACGUCGCGGCCAGGGAGCUCGAGGAGGGGACCAUUCACGCCGACCAAGAGCGAGUGCUCCCGCAGCCUCUUCGGGGGUUACUCCAACUACCCGAACUACAUGGCGAACACGGAGUCGUUCCGUGCCAAGGCGCGUUCCCAGAGCGCGCCUAAGCAGAGGCUGCAGUACGAGAAGUCCAGCUCUCUCCGCAAGGCGGCGGGGCCAUGCGCGCCGACGGCCGCCGCGGCACAGAGGUCGGCCUCGUUGCAUGCCAAGUUCACCAACAAGGCGUACCCAGGCUCCGGCAUGUUGGAUCGACUUGGCAUGCCUGUCAAGUUCUGAUCCUACUAAAUUUGCAUCAUGAUAAAAAGAAAUAUUGAUGCAUGGAGCUCUUGUCCUCUCGGCGCGCCGCAACGGAGCGAAGAUUGCCGCCGUCGCAACUGCACAUAGUCCUCCACACCGGUGACCACAACAUCUACUACACACCCUACACUAAUGGCAUCGUCCGGUUCAGGUAAGUCGUCACGCAUCCACAAUAACAUAGGUGUCUGAUCUAAGGACUAGCAAUCAUUAAAUUAGUGCUCAAUUAGACCUAACAAUUAGAUGCGUUGCUGCUACAACUAGUACUAAUAGUACCGUACUCCUUCA